AUGCUCCUCCUACGGGACGGUCGUGUCGACAUCAACGCAACAGACUUCCAGGGGCGGACAGCGUUAUUCUAUUCGGCAUCUAAUCACAAUGUGUCUCCUCUGACCAAGCUUCUGCAGCGCCAGAAUAUUGACAUCAACGUUGCGGACUCCGGCGGCCAGACAGCACUCUUCCAUGCGGCAAAAGCGGGCAAUGAGAAAGCCACGGACCUGCUUCUAAAACGGCCGGAUAUUGAGGCAAAUGUCUUGGAUGAAAAUUAUCUGACCCCAUUAGGACAUGCAGCUUCUCGGGGUCAUUUGGCUGUUGUCAACCGGUUCCUCCAGUGCCCAAUCAUCGAUUUCCGCCCGCAGAACGAACACCUGUCUCCACUCAUAAUUGCACUGGAUAAAGGUCAUUAUAGCAUCUUCAAAGCCUUACUUGAAUCAGGAAAAUUCGACCACGAUGCUACAGAUGCUGGUGGGCGGUCCGCCUUGGGGUACGCCGUGCGCAGGCGAAAUUACGAAGCUGUUCGGCUUCUUAUCGAAUCUGGUGUGGACGCGGGCAGACAGGAAGCUGCCGGCAUCACGCCUCUGAACAUGGCCGUAGCUCAGGGAGAUGAAGAUAUAGUACGAGUGCUUCUGCAUGUCACUGCGCAACAUAGCGAAUUAUGCCUUGCUGCAUAUACCGGCCGGGCUAAUAUCGUUCAGCUACUGCUCGAUCAUGGCGCUGAUAUCGACGAACAAGACUAUUACGGGUGGACCCCAUUGGUCCGCGCGAGGAAAUAUGGGCAUGCUGAUGUAGUGAGAGUUCUGCUCAACCAUGGAGCUACUUAG